AUGAUAUCAAGGGAAGAUUUUAUCAUAGCUUAAGAAAUUAAGGAUGAAUAUCUAUGUGGUAUCUGUUAUUAAUUAGCAAUUAAUGCUGUUGAAUGUUAAAAGUGUGAAACUCUCUUUUGUAAUGAAUGCUCUUAAGAUUGGAAAAAAAAAAAUGAUAUGUAUAACCAUAAAUUAAUAAUAUAAGAUGUCCUAAUAAAUGUGAAUAACCUUUUGAUUUAAAAUAAGCACACAGAAUGAUUAGAUCAGAAAUUCUUAAAAUAAAAUGUUAUUGUAAAUAUACUAAAUUCGGAUGUUAAGAGUAGUUGAUUUUAGAUCAACUUCUUUAACAUAUAUAGAAAUGCUAAUUUAUACCUGUAAAGUGUUGUGAAUAAUGUGAAUGGGAGGGAUAAGCAAAAGAGCUAGAAGAUCAUGUAUUAAAUUGUUUAAACUUUAGCAAGAAAAAUGUAAUUUUAUAUUACAUAUAACAUGUAAAUAAUGCAAAUAAAAAGUAUUAAAAGAAUAAAAAGAGACUCAUAAUUGUUUUGAAACAUUAAUUAAUUUAGUUAUAAAUUUAUAAACAGAGAUUUCAGAGGUGAAGAAGUCUUCUUAAAUUAAAAUCAAUGAUCUUGAACUUAAGCUAGAAUAAUAAUCAUAAUUAUAAACUUCAAUUAUUAAAUAAUCAUAAAUUCUUUUUGAAUAAUAAUAAUAAUAGAUAAAUAAUAUUUCAAAUAUUAAAUCAGAUAAACCUCCUGAAUCAAUUAUUUUAAAUUCAUUACAUAAAUCAACUUAAUAAUAAUAAUAAUAAUAAUAAUAAUAAUAAUAAUAAUAAUAAUAAUAAUUUUAAAAACCUCCUGUUCUUUAAAAACAAAUUCCAAUUUUUAAAACUUGUGGAAAAUUGGGAGAUAUUAGUAAAGAUAAAAUGUGUAAAUAAAAGCAUUUAUUACGUUUUUGGUUAACUCCAGGUAUUGAAGCUAGUAGAUAAACUUGCUCUAAUUGUUUAAAAAAUCAGAUUUGCAGAUAUGUAUGCGAAACUUGUUCUGAUUAUUAUUGUUUAAUUUGUGCACCACCAGAAAACAUGUGCAGAGGAAAAAGUUUACCUUCAUAUUGUCCAACAGGUCAUAGAAUGGAAUUUAGGAAAGGUACAAAUUAUGUAUGUGAUGUUUGUGGAUAAAGUGGAUCAGAUAUGCCAAAUAGCAAAACUUAAUGUUGUUAGAAUUGUGAUUUUGAUAUUUGCUAAAAUUGUUAAGAGUAAAUGAUUAAGAAUAAAGAAUGUGUCAUAUUUUGA